AUGGCCACUAACUACAGUGCCAACCAGUAUGAAAAGGCUUUCUCAUCCAAGUAUCUGCAGAACUGCUCCCCAAAUACUCCUUUUUUUCCCACUCAGAAACAUUUAUCUCUCCCACUUGUACCCCAGAGCAUCUCUUCUCAUGAAGGCUACACUCAAAUUAUUGCCAAUGAUCGUGGUCAUCUACUGCCUUCUGUGCCCCGUUCCAAGGCAAAUCCUUGGGGUUCCUUCAUGGGCACCUGGCAAAUGCCUCUGAAGAUACCCCCUGCUCGGGUGACCCUGACCUCCCGUACAACUGCUGGUGCUGCCUCCCUCACCAAAUGGAUACAGAAAAAUUCUGAUUUACUCAAGGCCUCCAAUGGGCUGCGUCCUGAAAUCUUAGGCAAGCCCCAUGAUCCAGACAGUCAGAAGAAACUCAGGAAGAAGUCUAUCACAAAGACUGUACAACAAGCACUAAGUCCAACCAUAAUUCCAAGCUCCCCAGCUGCCAACCUCAAUUCCCCAGAUGAACUCCGAAGCUCACACCCCUCUGCAGGUCAUACUCCAGGUCCCCAAAGCCCAGCCAAAUCCUAAGAGCCCACCUGGAAGUCCACGUAUGCUAGAACUCUGGGCAGGGCCUAAUCUAGCUGAGGUCCAGAAAUACAAACCUGGAAUUUCAUAUGGACCAAGUGGCCACAUACUGAAAAACCUGUAUAGCGACCGAGUGAAAUAAACAAGAGCCCCCAGUCAGAACUGUGAAACAGGGAAAUUUUGGGGUGGGAGUAAAAACAAAUUUGGAAAAUAAACUUUUUUUGUUGAAUCUUUUA